GUCACCCAGAAAGUACGCUGUUGCGGUCGCUGUUUCGCGGUAGAUUCGCGGCCCCACCCGUAAACGAGUUCAGAUCGGGGAGUCUGAGGGGACAUCGUGUCUUUGCUAGCUACAACUUUCAAGUGUCACAGUUCAAGCGAAUGAUAUUCAAGAGUAGGGGCUUGUAAACAGUAUCUCCUUGAAAGAUGAAGCUUUUAUGUGUAUUGUUUGUUUUCACUUUCAUCUGCUUUGCAAAUGGGCAAUCUAGCAGUGAUAUACAAAAGCUCAACACGCCCAUAGCAACAUUGGCUUCUGGUAGUGGCUCCAAUAUUGACGCCUUUUCAAAAAAGACCGCAGAAGACAUUUUAAAAGUCAUUUCGCCAAGCCUGAGCCUACAAAGCCUUAAGAGUUGGCUGCCAUUGUCGCCACCAUUAGAAAAAUUUCUGCAGUCGAAAUCAAUUGCAGAUGUUAUUGCAUACUAUGAUGGGUUUCAAAUGAUACCAGGAAUCACUGGUUAUCAAGUUUCUCUCCUACAAGUUAUUCAAAUGGCAUCUUCUUUUGACUCGCCGGCAGUGACAAUGCAAGUCAUAACAUCUCUAAUGAUGCUUUCUGGUAACACAUCAAUUUCAUCUGCACUCGAAACCAGUGAUUCUGAGCUGGUUAGUCGGCGGUAUUUGACCGAUUUAUAUCCAGUUCUUCUCAAGAAGCUGCCAAAAAUCCUAAAUGAAACCCGAGAGCGUUUUUUCAUUUCCAUUUCCAAAAUGCCCGAGAAAUAUUUCAAAAUGCUUUUAAAGGAUCAAACGAUUAUUGAUGAAAUCUUAACAUCAAGAAGGAAUAUGGCCUUUGCUAUGGUACGUGGGUCAGCCAGCAAAACCCAGGCAGCUAGUCAGAGUUUUCAGUUAGCCAAUCAGAAGAUGGCCCAGGAUAUGAGUAGAUUCGCGUCCAUAGCAAUGGGAAUGGAGAGCAUGAGUGUUGCAAGCUCUGCAGAAAAAUGCAAUAUAUCUCAACAAGAACUGAGAAAAAUGACUUUAAUUCAAAUUUCACUCAAGUGUCUUGGUUUACCUGAGGAUUUUCCGCUACUCAAAUUAGUUCCAUUGCAAAAUUUCCCUGCAGAAAUUUUGUCUAUAAAAGUGGGUGAUUUUGCAACGCAGCUCAAUAUGCCAUUCGAAAGUCUGAUAAAGUUGACUCAAAAUGCAAUCUUGGCAAGGUAUCUUGUUAAUAAAAAGCAGACACCUCUUCAUGAACCAAUUUUCUUUGUUGCCAAGAAGCAAGGACUUAGCGUAACAAAUUUGAAUAACAAUUCACUUUUGGAUAUAUCAUUUCAGAUUUUACAAAUGAACGUCUCCACAAUGGUGAACAUUUUCAACAUUUCGCAGGAUGUUAUCAAUGGGCUCAACAGUACCACAUUAAACCAACUCCCGAUCAUUGUUGACAAAUUAAGCUCUAUCCUAUACCCCACAAAGUACUUCUAUUUUCUGUCAAUGAAUUCAAUUAUGACUCUUGUUAACAAACAAGCAAGUGCAGCCGCGCGGGUAAAUGCGAGUGAAAACGUGGAAGUUCACGUCAAUGAUUUGGCAAACGAAGAAAUCGCUAAGAUCCUUGGUAAAACAAAGGCAGAAAUUGAGCGCACUCCUCUAAUAAAAUUUAUCAGUUUGAUAGCCGAUAAAAGGGAGCAAGACGUCGCACAGGCGCUAAAGCUUUCUGCGCGAAAUAUUGCGUUGCUGCAAAAGAUGGAUUUGAAAACUGCGGAGGUGCUUCAUAGGACAUUCUAUGGCAUGAACCUGGUGUUGAAUCGCCCUGGCAUAGUGGCGAUGAGCAAAGUUGAACUUUAUGAAAUGUUAACAAUGCAAAUUAAACACCUCAUUAUGGGAAAGAACAUGGACACAACAUUGCCAGGACUAGCUGUCUCGAUAGCUCCAGUGAAACAACUAAUUGACAUGGUCGCAAAAAAAUUCCAUGUCAACAACACUAUUCUUAAUACCCUUACUUUUAAUGAAAUCAAAUUUGCACGAGGUCUGUCCAACGAUGAUUUUUUAAAUCGAACAGUACUCGGAGUUCUUCAGGAUCUGGCGAAGCUGAGCAAGGAAGAGUUCCCAAGUCCUGACUUUAGUGUUCCAAUUAGCAGUUUGAGCGCAAAUAGAGGCAUACCCUUAUCAUCUCUAAAGAAUGCCACCUUCCUUGAUAUGAUAAAGCGCCUCUCUAAAUCGGCGUGGCAGAUCCCAUUAUAUAUUAAGUCAAUCAAGGGUAAUCCUGGCAUUAAGAAGUACUUGAAGUAUCCCAAUGAUGACAUCAAGGCACUGCUCCGUGGCCCAGUUGAAGGUUUUGACUCUUACAAUUUCACAAUCAAAAGGCUACUUGACGUCUUUGUUGGCUUCGACAGUAAGUCACAUACAGCCCACAGUGCCCAGAUACUGCUUGGCUUCUUAAAAUUACACCUUGGUGUCAGGGAGAAAGUUCCUCUCGGUAUCAACGUUUCCCGGAUUAAAGAUAUGCCGUUUUUGGAGACCGGGCUUCCGUUUCUUCUUAAGGCUGUCGAACAGAUGAAAAAGGACAAAUAUGUCAGUGAGUACUUCAUGAAUACUCACCAUAUAUCUAGGAAAUUGUUUGAGCUAUUAAAGUCAGAGGCAGAACCUGAUGUAGGAAAGCUAUUGGCUCAAAGUGCAAGGAAUAUGGUUCUUUUCAAUCCGCACAAAAGCAUAAACAUUCUUUUUCACAUGCAUGAUGUUGUUGCCAGAAUGCAAAGGAGUUUCACGAAGAAGCCUUUGAAAGAUGUUAUUAGAGCAUGCAGCAUAAAAAACCCAUGGGCUGAAAGCAUGACGAUAAGAAAUGUAUUUCAAAUGUGCUUUAAUCAGUCAUCAGACGAGAUUAUCAAAACUGCAUUCAACACUACCAAGCUGCUCAAACCGUUCCUGAAUAUUUCAUUAGCAGAAGUCCAAGACAUAACUGGCCUUGGGUUCGACUCGUUGAGCAAGAAUCUACGUGACUUUAUGAGUGCCAAAACUGAGGACAAUUAUGGUGUACUUUUUACGCCACUCAAAGAUUUCUUCACCAGUUCUGGAAUAUCCCAGGCAAAAGGAAAACAAAUGACACUUUCAGAUGUGUUUAUGAACCCGAAGUUUUCUAACUUCAACAGCAUGGAAUACCUGAAGAGGAAGCUAGUGCAUGGAAAUAAUUUAGAAUUUCUGAAGAACCGUUCUUUAGAAGAUUUAGGCGUUGCAACUGAAGCUAAAGACAAAGACUUCUCGCAGACAAAUACGUAUGAUCUCAUGAGGAAAACUGUCAAUUUGCUUCAGAACGAUCCGCAACGAUGCGCAAAACUAAACAAGAUCUCGAGUCUGUGCAACAAAAGAGCUCGAUGCAUUAUCACGAAAAACUCAUUCAGCUGCCGCUGUGAUUCUGGCUUUGACGGAGACGGAUUCAGAAAAUGCGAGGAUGGAUGUCAGAGUGCAAAGUGUCCGGCUGGAACUACCUGUGUUACAAUGCCUGGAGCUGGGGCGAUGUGCAAAUGCAACAAACGAUGGGAAAAGAUGGUGAAUGGCAAAUGCAAGCCAGUAAAAGGCCAUGCAAUUAAGGUAUCGAAGCUCAAACUGAAUCAGGUGUACAAGAAGGAAUACAAGGAUAAAAACUCAAAGGCCUUUAAAGCAAAGGCAGCCGAGAUUGAAGAUGUUUUGUUAAAUUCUGUAUGUAAAAAGGUCGGUUGUACAGCUGUCAUUGUCACCUCGAUAGAAAAGGGCAGCCUCGUGGUCGAUUUUCUCUUGGUUUUCUCAUCUACAAAUGUCACAACCAAAGAAGUUCAAGCUGCUACAAAUGAUGCUAUUAAAAGUGAACAACUCGAUGUUCUCGGUGCUGACAAAACCACCCAAGCGCAAGCCAGUCAAACCGAUGUAUGUCAAUCAGGUAGCGCUGACUGUGAGGAAAACGAGGACUGUUUACCGACAAGAAAUGGGGGGUAUACAUGCACCUGCAGUAAAGGAUAUGAGCGUAAAGGCAGCGAGUGUAAGAAAACCGGUGGGCUGAGUUUCGUUAUCAUCAUAAUCAUAAUCGUCGUUGCCUUCGUCGUGAUUGUCACAGUAAUCGCAUGUGUGAUUUGGAGAUGGAAACAGAAGCGUUCCCAGGACAAUGCCAAGUACUCGAUGGCGUACAACACCAAUGAAAACGAGACUGUGCAGCUGACUGGCGGUGACUAUGCUUUCAGCUACGGAGGAGAGAAUGAGCAGGGACAAAUUGAAAAACAUGGUGAGCCUGCGUAAGUGAUCUUGCUCCUACCAAACGCUUUUAUUAGAUGCUGAAGGCCUGCUUUCGAGCUGAAAAAGAAAAAAUGAGUAAUUAUUGAAAGUUCUUCGAGUUUUCACAAUUAAUUCAACGGGACCGUGUAAGCAACAACAAACUGUAUAAUAUUGUUCCAGAAUUGUAAAAAUUUGAGUGUUUUUCUGCACGUACAUGUUAUGUAUUUCUACUAAGAUCGGUAAUCUCUGGUAGGCUUAAAAGCGGAGAACAGGCCGAUUCUACGUUACAAAUCAGAGUUUCCGCUGAUCUUCUCGGUGCAAACAUUAAGUUUUUAUAGUUGUCUGAUCAGCCCUCUAAUAGUUUUUUCUUCCUUUCUGCGUUAAAUAUUGAACAUGCUGCUUGACAAGCAAAUGUGUUUUUAUCUAACUUAGGCCUGCCAGAGCUGUCCGUAUUGCUCACGUAGCGUAUCUCACGUACUAGUAUCUUUUGCAGCUAUACGUUAGCAGUUUCUGUUGGUAUUUGUCCCAAGUGAUGCUUUUUCUUAGUACUCGAACUUAUAGUCCUUGGUAUUGUCCGUUCCUACAGUCCCCACAAUGAUACAACCCAGAGGUAUAAAAACAUAUCAUCUUUAAAAACAUAGAUAAAAGAAUUUUAUGAUUAGAGUUAGGAAAAAGAAUUCGGAAAUAUUCCCUUUUAGUAGUCUCAGUUGGUGUAGAAUCUUUUAUAAUUUUUAUCUUGUAAGAAUUAAUCUUGAUAUUUCCUUCAUUUAUACUCCCAUCUUCAAAAUAUACAUUCAUGAUUCUUUUAAUAAUUUUGACGAUAGCCACAUUUUUGUAUUUAUAUUCAUUUAUUUAUUACUGAAUUCUCAGAGGAUCCUUCGAAAAUGUGUAAAACUGGUUAUUUCAAGAAAGACGUUCAUAAUAUCGAAUGCUUGUCGUUGAAUGCCAUAUUUGAUCUAUUAAACGCCCGGAAUUAAUGAUGGGCGUUUAUUAGGCAGGGGGAGUUUAUCAAUUUUGGUUUUUUUCAAUUUUGGUUUAAUUUUCAACUUUGUGCGUUUAAUAGAUCAAGUAGGGUACUAGCGAGGGGCAAUUCACUCUUGUAAAUAGCGUACAAGAUUUUCCCUCAAACAUAAGAAUUUCCAGGGAUUUUUCAGAUAAAACAAUAGGAUUUUCACAAAAGAUGUACGAGAUUUUUGGAGAGAUUUGCCCCUCGAGUACUAGCACUAAGCUACAGGAAAUUUUACUGGCCUGUAACAUUUUUAUUUCUUUGCGCUGUUAUUUAUUUUGUUGUUUUAUAACGGGAAAUUUGUCUUUUUCAAUUGCCACGUCUGUUGAUGAAUUUGAGUCCGUUUCUGAA